AGGCUGACUCCCAGCUGGAAAACCUUGGAGACUGGAGAGGCGAACACUCCCAGUAUUGCUUAACGAAGAGAGAAGUGGAUUUUUCUAUUUGUUCUUCAUUUUCUGUGUACUGCUUAACAUUUCGGGAUACUGUUGGUUUUAGUUUGCCAAAUCUGGAACAAGCUGAAGCUCCACCAGCUCUGACUCAGUUGUCAUAUCAUCUGGUUAAAAUGGUUCUGUGCAAGGAAGAAGCUUGAUAUUUCCAAUCUGAUCAGAAGAAAAAGUAUAAAAAUUUUCAUAUUUUAUCAUACUUUCUAGGUUACAGAAGAAGAUGAAGAGUCUUAUUCUACUUUUCUCAUUGUUCUUGGCUCCAGCAUUUGCCUAUAAAGAAGGUCAGAAAACAAAACAAAACUUUUCUUCUUCAAACAAUACCAGUCAUAAACGACUUAAAAGAGCCUGGAUAUGGAACCAAAUGCAUAUCAAAGAAGAGAUUGAUACACCAUUACCACACCAUGUUGGAAAGAUCAUGUCAAGUGUAAGGAACAACAAUGCUAAGUAUAUUCUUGAGGGUGAAUAUGCCAACAUCAUCUUCAAAGUGGAAGAAGACAGUGGUGAUGUAUACGCAUUUGAGAGGCUAGACAGAGAAAAAAAAGCAGAGUAUGAGCUGACAGCUCUCAUUAUUGACAGAAGAAACAAUCAAUCACUGGAACCACCAUCUAAAUUUAUUAUCAAGGUUUAUGACAUUAAUGACAACGUCCCUGUGUUUGUACAAAAGGUAUUCAAUGGAUCUGUCCCAGAAAUGUCACCAGUAGGAACCUCGGUCACCAAAGUGACAGCUGUAGAUGCUGAUGACCCAACAGUUACAGGUCAUGCCACGGUUACCUACCAAGUCAUUAAAGGAGAGGAAUAUUUCUCAGUUGAUGAUAACGGUGUGAUUUUUACAACCAGGGCUGAUUUAGACAGAGAGAAUCAAUCAACAUAUGAAAUUAUUGUUAAAGCAAAAGAUGCUCCUGGGUCUUCUGGGGAGUCAAGCACUGCUACAGUCAUUAUCACUUUAACUGACAUCAAUGACAACUUCCCAGUAUUUAAACACCCGUCAUUUCACUUUAAAGUUCCUGAAAACGUUUCAGUAGAAGGAGAAGUUGGCAGAGUCAAAGUGGAAGAUGUUGAUGAACCACAACAUAGAAAUACGAAAUACAGCUUUGUCAAAGGAGAUUACAGGGACACCUUUGAAAUUGUAGCAAAUCCAUUCACAAACGAAGGAAUCAUUAGGCCAAAGAAGCCCCUGGACUUCGAAAAAGUAGCAGAAUACAGGUUUGACAUCGAAGCAACAGAUCCCACAGUUGAUCUUCGCUAUUUUAAAUCUGGUGGUUCUAGGAGCAUCUCCACCGUUACCAUUGAAGUUAUCGAUGUUGAUGAGCCUCCUGUCUUCACUAAACUGCCAUAUGAUUUUAAAGUAAGGGAAAAUGAUCCAGAAAAACGAACACUUGGCUCAGUUUGGGCACAUGACCCUGACGCAGCUAAACGGAAAAUCAGAUUCAGCCGCCGAAGAGCCAGUCCUAAUGGAGACUACAUUAGGAUAUCCGAUACUGGAAUUAUUCAAAUUCCUAGACCUCUGGACAGAGAAUUCAGUGCCUCAUACAACAUAACAGUAGCAGCCCAGGAAGUCCUUGAAGAUGGCCAUCUUUCUGACAGAGAAUCACAUGCCCAAGUUCAUGUCAUAGUUACUGAUGUAAAUGAUAAUGCUCCAGAACUUGUUUAUCUCGAGGAGCCCAGAGUGUGUGAAAAUGCUGCACCAGGAAAGGUAGUCGUCAGGAUUUCAGCUACUGACAAGGAUGAAGUAUCACCUAGAGGUUUCUUCAAAUACUCCCUGGCCACAGAAGAUAGCAACUUCUCUUUGAUUGAGAACUACGAUAACACAGCUAAUAUCACUGUCAAAUAUGGACAGUUUAAUCGUGAACUUGCAAAAAUCCACUACCUGCCUGUCAUCAUCUCAGACAACGGCGAUCCUGACCUCAGCAGCACAAAUACACUUGUCAUCAGUGUCUGCAAGUGUAAUGAAAAAGGCAACUUCACUUUUUGUGAGGAAAGAGCUAAACAAGUUGGAGUUAGUAUUCAAGCACUGGUGGCAAUUUUCAUCUGCAUCCUCACAAUCAUUGUAAUUGUAUUGCUAAUUCUGCUAAGAAAGAGACACAAGAAGGAUUUGAGCGGUCUUGGGAGGAACGUGGCAGAGAUUCACGAGCAGCUUGUCACUUACGACGAAGAAGGUGGUGGUGAAAUGGACACCACAAGCUACGAUGUGUCUGUCCUCAACUCUGUCCGCAAGAAUGGUGUAAAGCUAGAAGCAGUACCCUCUCCAUAUGCACAAAUACAAAAAUCUUCUGGAAAUAUAACUUCUGGUGCUGGAGAAAUGGAAAUUAUGAUUGAAGUUAAGAAAGAUGAAGCUGACAAUGACAGGGAUUUGCUGCCGUAUGACACACUUCACAUAUAUGGCUACGAAGGUGCUGAGUCCAUUGCCGAGUCUCUCAGUUCUUUGGAAUCAGGCUCCUCAGACUCAGAUAUUGAUUAUGACUUUCUAAAUGACUGGGGACCAAGGUUUAAAAUGUUAGCUGAGCUUUAUGGGUCAGAACCAAAUGAAGAUUUUGUGUACUGAGUUCAAAUUAGCCAUUUCCUAAUUAGCCAGUUUUCUCCCUCCUGCCACAUAUAGGCAUCAAGGGCUUUCCAACGGCCAAAGAAGGAUUCACAGCUUUUUACGCAAGCAGUACUAAGAUUUCAGACAGACAGACGAGAAAAAAUCAUGACAGCAGCAGGGAUAAAGAGAAACACACAAGCUAAAUACAUCAACUUUCCCGAGCAUUGCUAUCCUUCCUAGCAUUCUGUUCUUUCACAAAAUUACUGCUCAGGGACCUGCCUGAGUCUUCUAGGACAUGACUUUUCGCCCCAUCGUGACAAACACUUCUCCUUAAAAAGUUGCUCUGUCUCCAGUUUCUCCUUCAUUCCUCCUCCUGUAUUCUUUUAAUCAACCUGCAUUCAGGAUCAGCAUCUGUUGAAAUGGAAAGGCUCAGGGGCACUGGGAAGGCAUAUUUUGUAUAACCUCCUGUAUCCUGGGCCCACUGGUUUGCCUGGUCCUCAUCUUACAUUCACAUUCCAUGCUUACAUUUACCCAGCAAAGGCAAGGAGGAACAUAUGGUCUAUCACUUAAUAUUAGAAAAUAUUCCAUCACAUUCAAAAAAGAGGCAUGUUUUUUUUCUUCUUUCCAAUCUAUUAAUUAAUUCUUGUUUUAUAGUCUUCUACUACAAAUUCGAAUUACCAAAGAUAAAAUUAGGGAGGAUUUUUAGAUGCACAAUCUGGCUUCAUCUGUCAUUUUUAACAGCCUGAUGAUGAUUUCAGGCACCUUUCUGGAGUGCUAGAAUUCCUCUAGCUAUCAGCAAAAUUAUUUUUGCUUUCAGUAAAUAGGAUGUCAGUGUUAUUCACUGGCACAUGUCCUGCAGGGCAGGAAACCUGAAGAUCAGGGGAAUGUUAAGAUCUAAUACUGUAGAUUUCUCCAGAUUGCAACACAGGUCUUUCUAGAUCUCUAAAAAGGUUGAGUAAGUUUUCUAUUCAACAUUAUUAAAGGAAUUUUAUUAUUUCAGGGACAAACAAACGAAGGGCAUCAUUACUGUGAAACUGUUUUGAUUUUUUCUAAGCAGGUACUGUAAAAUGGGUAUUUUCCCUCUAGGAAAAUAUUGUAGACUUCCAAACUGGAAUGCUAUACACCUAUGCAUUUGCAUGCAUGAAAGAACCACAAACGUAAGUAAGGUUUUGGAGCUGCAAUCACUAUGCCCCUAGCAAGCAUGUGCUUAGGUUCUCACCUGAUGAAGAGUCACACAAUGAAAAGAAGAAAACUUCCCGUGCGUGAAGUUACCCAGCCGUACGCAUUUUGUAAAAAAGCAGGUGUCUUAGGACAACGGCCUGACUCUGGCUCCUGGCAAUGCAGCCUCCUAUUGCCUUCAGCAGCAGCAGAACCCUACCACGUGGAUACCCAGUUUUGCAGAAUCUGUGCUGGAGCUGUAUGUAUUAGUCUAGUUGGUUUCAUUAUUUAAAUUUGGUAGCUAACCAGAUAACACUAUAUCUUCUAUUUUUUUUUUCUAAACCAGAGUAGUGGAACCUCACAAAUGUGCUUUUCAGUUACCCAUGACAUCUCUAAUUCACACUCCCUUCCCAGCAAAGGCUUCCUCAGCAGGAAACAGCAAAGCACUAUAAUAUGGUCUCAUACUCUCCAUUACUAUAAAAAAUUGUCUAACACAACAUUUAGCAGGACACUAAUGCAUACUAUCAUAAAUAAUUGAAAUCACUCACAUUUUCAAAUAUAAACUAAAGGAAAAAUAAGUAGAAUACUGUCCAUCAAUCAAAUCAGCUUUGGAUCAGACCCUUUAUAAUAGAAGCACAUGUUGGGAAAACAGUCUUGGUUUAUUUUUAUUGUGUUCAUUCACUUUUAUUUUGCUUAAUCCAGUCAACAGCGUAUGCUAUUGAGGUUCCAUGUUAGUAUGUUAUAAAGAAUUCUAACUAAUAAUACUUACAAUUUAAGGUUUUCAUCAGUAAUUAAGAUAUUGACAAUCAACAGGUAGUUAGUUAUGAAAUUAUUUAGUGCAGUGAAUAAAGUACUUCAGUAAGCACCAUCUCAAUUACAUUACCUGUAAUCGCUACUUUUAAAUCUGUUUUGUAAAGCUAUUUUAAGGAACACUGUAUUGAUUUCCACUGUAUAAAGAGUUUGCACUGGGUAUUUUCUUUUUAUAUUGCUGUACUGUAUUUUUAUAACUUCAUAAAAGUGAAUUUCAAGUUUG